AUGAACGAGGACCAGCCCCAGCUACUUCAACAGAGAUAUGGACAUCGACUACCGGAUGGCAUGAGAAACUCGCCAUGGUCUCCUACGUUUGAUCUUCUUCUUAGCCACACAUCCGUCCGCUCCUACCUCCCAGACGCGCUCCCCGAUGGCACUCUCGAAAGCCUCAUUGCAGCUGGCCAGAGCGCAUCCACCUCUUCGAUGCUCCAAACCUGGAGCGCAGUUGCCAUAACCGACCCAGUCCGCAAGACCCAGGUUGCAACUCUUGCCGGCGAUCAAGACUUCAUACGUCAGGCACCUUUGUUCAUUAUUUUCUGCGCCGACCUCAAUCGCCUCGCGAACAACUCAAAGCGUCUGCAGCAACCGAGCCCUGCUCUUGAAAAAAUGGACAUGUUCGUCAUGGCGUCUAUCGACGCAGCUCUGGCAGCCCAGAACAUGGCCGUUGCGGCUGAGUCACUGAAUCUCGGCAUGUGCUACGUCGGAGCUACUCGAAACAAUGCGGCUAAGCUCACGGAGCUCUUGGAGCUUCCACCUCGUGUUAUUGCGCUGUUUGGAAUGACUGUUGGAAAGCCUGAUCAAAGUUCUUUGAACGCGAUUAAGCCCAGGUUGCCAUUGAAUGAAGUACUGCACAGAGAGUUUUGGCAUGCCGAGGGCCAAGAGGAACGGGUUUCUUCUUAUGAUCAGACACUUGGGUCCUUCUACGAGCGCCAAUACCAACUCCAAGGAAGGAUCUGGAGUGAAUACAUCGCCACAUUCAUCGGAAAGGACAGCUUGGACGGUCGCGAACGUCUCAGAGAAGUCCUAGAUGAGCAAGAGUUUGGAUUUUCCUGA